UCAGCCGCUUUGUCAUCACGGACGAUCUAUGUUACCGGUGCACUUUCACUGUGUUGAAGUUCAAGAGGCUCAUUUAUAAGCGUCCUAGGUGACGCUGCACCUUUAGUUCGAGUUAUUUGCACAAUGGGUGAUAUAUAUACGGAAGCGCGUAAUGUGUUGAGCCAGGUGACGUGAGCGAGUCGAGCCGGUCCAGGUCUGUGUUGGCUAGCGGCUAAAGCUGUGCGCGCGCGCGCCCAAGGCAUUUGCUGUCGGAAAUAUAAGCGUGUUCGUAUAGCUUCUUCGGAGAACUGUGUUAAAUUAGAACGCACGGCGUCGUUUAACUACGUCAGAGAACGGUAAAUUAGAACGCACGCGAUACCGGAAGUGCCUUCCUUCAAAUUAAAAGUGACCCAGGAGGACGUAUUUCCCCACGUACUUUUAAAGCCUUCCUUUAUUGACUGAGUCCGAUCACAUUUUAUUGUUAUACUGUUGUGUACUUCAACAGUUCGUUAUGGGCAUUGGCGUGUGUGUGAGUCUGUCACUGUUGUUUGCUCUCCUGGAUGUUGUGGUCACCACCGUCCUCUACACGCAUGGAUUUCAGCUGGACCGCUUCAAGAAUGAAGUCCUGGACUUCAGUGUUCUACGGUGUACGGUGGAUGUUUGGGGGACCGUGCUCCUCAGGGCAUGUCUGUUGUUGGGGGCCUCCGUCGGGGUGGCCUGGAACAGCACAGAUGGCCCCAGCAGGGUGGCUCACUUCACCAUCGUGGUUCUCCUCGCCUGCCUCUCAGUCAUCACCUUCGCCUUGACCAAGAUGCUGAUACUGUCAGAAGUGGAGGCCUUGUCACAUCAACCUUGGCUGCUGAGCCUGGUGUUCUGGUCCUGUGCCUCAUCACUGGUUGUCAUGGUGCUCUGGAACUUUUUGGGCACUGUCUCAACGAGUGAAAGCCGUGAACAAGCUGAAGACACGGAGAAGCUGCUGGAGACGGCUGGAGAUGAGGAAAGAUCACCCAAACCGAGGGACCCCAGCAGCUCUGGAGCAACUCUGGGUCGACUGCUCAGCUACUGCAGUAAAGAUUUCGGGGUGUUGUCGGUCGCCUUCCUGUUCCUCAUCGUCUCUGCUGUCUGUGAUGCCUUCAUACCCUUCUACUUUGGGAAAGCCAUGGACAGCAUCGUGGUCAAACAGAGCAUGGCGGAAUUCGCCAAGCCUUUGAUGACUCUUGCACUUCUUGCUCUCGCCAGCUCCCUUGCGUUAGGAGUCCGGGGCGGAGUCUUCACUCUGAUGUUCGCCAGGCUCAACCUGCGUUUGAGGAACAAUCUUUUCACAACUCUGAUGAGGCAGGAAGUGGCCUUUUUUGACGAGAACCAUACAGGUGACAUCCUGUCUCGUCUGACUGCCGACACCACCCAGGUGAGCGACCUCAUCUCCCAGAACAUCAACAUCUUCUUGCGGAGCAUCAUCAAGGGCGUGGGCUUCUUCAUCCUCAUGUUUGUCAUCUCCUGGAAGCUCACUUUGGGGACCAUCAUGGGCUUUCCUUUUAUUGCAGUCUGUUCCAAAUAUUAUGGCGACUACUACAAGAAACUGACCAAAGAGGUGCAGACCACCUUGGCAGAGGCCAACAAAGUGGCAGAGGAAACCAUUUCGUCCAUCAGGACGGUGCGAAGCUUCGCCAACGAGUGCGGAGAGGUGGAGUCGUACCACGCCAAACUCUUGGUCAUGUUCAAGCUCAAUAAGAAGCAAGCCCUGGCCUACGCCUGCUACAUGUGGUCCAGCUGUAUCUCUGAGCUGGCUCUAGAGGUUGCUGUCCUCUAUUACGGCGGUCACCUGGUCCUCACCGGUCAAAUGAGCGGCGGUGAUUUGAUCGCCUUCUUCAUCUACUUGCUGGACAUGGGGGAAUGUUUGGAGAAUAUUGCCUCAGUCUACACAGGCCUCAUGCAGGGAGUUGGAGCUGCUGAGAAGGUCUUCGAGUACCUGGACCGGAAACCCAAACACCCGGCGGAUGGAGCGGAGGUGCCCGAGGCUUGUGCUGGUUUGGUGGAGUUUCAAGAUGUCACCUUCGCCUACCCGACCCGACCUGAGACCAACAUCCUCGAGGGAAUUUCCUUCACCCUACGUCCCGGGGAGGUGACAGCUCUGGUGGGACCCUCAGGCAGUGGGAAAAGCUCCUGUGUGAGCCUGCUGGAGAACUUCUACCUCCCUCAGCAGGGCCAGGUGCUGCUCGACGGACGGCCGGUCCACCUCCUCCAGCAUGAGUACCUCCACUCCAAGGUUGCUCUUGUGGGUCAGGAGCCGGUGCUGUUCGCCCGCUCGGUGGAGGAGAACAUCGCCUAUGGUCUGACGGAUGUUCCCAUGGAAAACGUCGUACAGGCGGCCACCAAAGCUAACGCUAAUGAAUUUAUCAGCCUCCUGCCGAACGCCUACAACACGGGUGUCGGAGAAAAGGGCGCGCAGUUGUCUGGUGGGCAGAAGCAAAGAGUCGCCAUCGCCAGAGCUCUCGUCCGGAACCCUCGGGUUCUCAUCCUGGACGAGGCCACCAGCGCUCUGGACGUUGAAAGCGAACACUUAGUCCAGCAGGCUCUCAACAACGUCAUGCAGGACCACACGGUGCUGGUGAUCGCACAUCGGCUCAGCACGGUGGAGAAAGCCGACAACAUCAUCGUGAUCGACAGGGGCCGAGUGGUGGAACAGGGCUCGCACAGUCAGCUGAUGGCCUGCGAGGGGCUUUACUCCAAACUGGUGCAGAGGCAGAUUCUGGGCAUCAAGACUGGAGAGGAGGUCCUGAACUCCUCGGAAAAACCGUCGUGGAAACCAGAGAGGAGACGGCGGAUGAGCAGCAGUAGCAGCAGCGGCACGGAGUGCAACACUCGGUACUGAUGUUGGAGUGAGAUGUCAUCAUGGUGGAUGGACCAGAGGUGGAGCAGGUGAUGGGGGGUCAGGGUGAUUGAAAAGUUGGAAGUGAAAGCAUAAAGAUCAUAUUGGAUAAACGUACUGUUGAAUGUAAAUGUUUGGCAACUUAAGGUGGCAACUAACGCGUCUCUGGUCCAAGAGAACAACCUCUUCUUUGUACACUUGACACACAUAUGCAUGGAAUUUAUUGUUAUUUUAAGGUGGUCUUGUUUUCUCUGUAGCUCCAGUCGUGUCAUUGGGUAGGUGCUAGCCGCCGUUCUACUUGAUAAUCCAGCUAUUUAUUUCACCUGUGUUGUCAUAUUUAAAGAGUGACCUCUUGAGUCUGACGUUUUUUACCAGAUCGUAUGUUUUUUGUUAUAGGAACCGCAUUAAUUCUAGUUGACUACAGACAGCUGAAUGCACUUCAAGGAACCCAGUGUCACUAGGAAAUAUAUCCAAAGCGCAACAGAUACUUAAUGUUUAUCUAAUCGAAUGAAGUAAAA